AUGUCUCACGAACACCAAAGUUUAUUAAAGGUUUUUCAACAUCUUGUAUCAACUAGACCAAAAGAAAAAGUUCUUAUGGUCCCAAAUGGUACAGAAUAUGAAGAAAUCAAUUAUCAGGACUAUGAUCUUAUUAUCAAUAAAUACGCCAAUUAUUGGAGUAAACAAUUGGAGAGUGAAAAUUUGGAGAAAGACAGCGUAAUUGGCUACUUCUCACAAAGUGGCCCUGAAUACUUGUAUAACUUAAUGGCUUUAUGGAAAUUAGGCUUUACAAUUUUAUUCCUUAGUCCUCGAAAUUCCGAGCCUGCUUUAAUUCAUUUACUUCAAGAAGCUAAAUCGCGUAUUCUCAUCUAUGAUUCUCAACUUUUAAAAAUCUCCAAAAGUGCUCAAAGUGAAAUAUGUUCCCAACAUUCACAAAAGCUUGAAAUUUUUCCAAUUCCUAACAGUUUAAAGAAUGAAAACAUCGAUAGUUCAGCUCCUGUUAUAAAACUAGAUGAUGAUCCUUAUGAAAAAGUUAUCGCCAUUUUUCAUAGUUCCAGUUCAACCUCAUUUCCUAAAUUAGUUCCUCUCACCAAUCGUUAUUUUUUGGUUUUGGAGCAAAGAGAUAAAGUUGGUGAUAUUGUCUUAACAACCGCUCCAUUAUUUCAUAUUUUUGGAAUGAUUAUUUCAAUAACCACUAUUUUCUAUCCUGGUUCUGUAUAUGCAUUUCCAAUCGUCUCAGGAUCGGUUCCUUUAACAAAUGAAGUUUUAUAUAGUUUAAAUCAAUCUAAAGCUAAUGUUUUUUAA